ACGGAGUCUUCUGCUUUUUAAAAGAAGAGUCUCUCUUCAUAAAUCAUAUGAUCUCUCUCCAUCUCUCUCUUUCCUCUAAAAGCUUUUCUCAUGGUUUCGUUCUUGAAACUCUCUUCCUUCUUCUUCCUCUGUUUCUUCAUCCAUGGCUCUUCCGCCGUCGACACAAUCUCCGGCGACUUUACUCUCUCCGGUGACCAGACAAUUGUCUCCUCCGACGGAACUUACGAAAUGGGUUUCUUUAAACCAGGUUCUUCUUCAAACUUCUAUAUAGGUCUGUGGUACAAGCAACUCUCUCAAACCGUCCUCUGGGUAGCCAAUCGAGACAAACCAGUCUCCGACAAGAACUCAUCGGUUCUCAAAAUCUCCAACGGAAACUUGAUCUUACUCGACGGUAAUAACCAGACUCCGGUUUGGUCCACCGGUCUCAACUCCACCUCUUCCUCUGUUUCUGCUCUUGAAGCGGUUUUGCUCGACGACGGCAAUCUUGUUCUCAGAACCAGCGGUUCCGGCUCAUCAGCCAACAAGUUGUGGCAAAGCUUUGAUCACCCGGGUAACACGUGGCUUCCCGGAAUGAAGAUCCGGUUAGACAAACGAACCGGAAAGAGCCAACGACUCACGUCGUGGAAGAGUCUCGAAGAUCCAUCACCAGGUUUGUUCUCUCUCGAGCUAGACGAGUCCACAGCUUACAAAAUCCUUUGGAACGGAUCUAAUGAGUACUGGUCAAGUGGUCCUUGGAAUAAUCAGAGCAGGAUCUUUGAUUCGGUCCCUGAAAUGAGACUCAAUUACAUCUACAACUUCAGCUUUUUCUCUAACUCCACGGAGUCAUACUUCACGUACUCGAUCUAUAACCACUUGAACGUGUCCCGUUUCGUCAUGGACGUGUCGGGACAGAUCAAACAGUUCACUUGGUUAGACGGAAACAAGGACUGGAACUUGUUCUGGUCUCAACCUCGGCAACAAUGUCAGGUCUAUAGGUAUUGUGGCUCCUUUGGCGUUUGCAGUGACAAGUCUGAGCCUUUUUGUCGAUGUCCGCAAGGGUUUAGGCCUAAGUCACAGAAAGAUUGGGACUUGAAGGAUUACUCUGCAGGCUGCGAAAGUAAGACUGAACUACAAUGCUCUCGUGGAGACAUAAACCAGUUUUUUCCUCUGCCGAACAUGAAACUAGCUGAUAAUUCAGAGGAAUUACCGAGAACGAGUCUUAGUAUUUGUGCCUCUGCUUGCCAAGGAGAUUGUUCUUGUAAGGCUUAUGCACAUGAUGAAGGCUCUAGCAAAUGCUUGGUUUGGGAUAAAGAUGUCUUGAAUCUUCAGCAACUCGAAGAUGAUAACAGUGAGGGGAAUACGUUUUAUCUUAGACUCGCUGCUUCUGACAUUCCUAAUGGUUCUUCCAGUAAAAGUAACAAAAUGAUUAUAUUUGGCGCGGUUCUUGGCUCGUUAGGAGUAAUAGUCCUUGUUCUGUUGGUGAUAAUCUUAAUCUUAAAGUACCGGAGGAGGACUAGAAUGAGAGAAGAGAAGGGUGAUGGUACAUUGGCUGCGUUUAGCUAUAGAGAACUACAGAACGCGACCAAGAAUUUCUCAGAGAAGUUAGGAGGAGGUGGUUUUGGUUCGGUGUUCAAAGGGGCUUUACCGGAUUCUAGUGACAUAGCAGUGAAGAGGCUUGAGGCCAAGCUCGUGGGUCGAGAUUUUAGCAGGGUUUUGACCACAAUGAGAGGCACAAGAGGCUAUCUUGCACCUGAAUGGAUCUCGGGAGUUGCGAUAACAGCGAAAGCUGAUGUUUACAGCUACGGGAUGAUGCUAUUCGAGCUUGUUUCCGGGAGAAGAAACACGGAGCAAUCAGAAAACGAGAAAGUCAGAUUCUUUCCGAGUUGGGCUGCGACCAUACUCACCAAAGAUGGAGACAUCCGCUCGCUACUUGACCCUAGACUAGAGGGCGAUGAAGUGGACAUAGAGGAGCUCACGAGAGCUUGUAAAGUGGCGUGUUGGUGCAUACAAGACGAAGAGAGUCAUAGGCCAGCGAUGAGCCAAAUUGUUCAGAUUCUUGAAGGUGUUUUGGAAGUGAAUCCACCGCCUUUUCCAAGAUCAAUUCAAGCUUUAGUCGAUACCGAUGAAGCUGUGGUCUUCUUUACUGAGUCUUCAUCUUCAUCAAGCCAUAAUUCUUCACAGAAACACAGCCAUUCUUCUUCUUCCUCCUCUUCGAAGAAAACAACCAACAAUGACUCUUCGGCUUAGUUAAUAAUGUAAACUCAUAUUU